AUGAAGCCGUUGCUUUGGUCUUGGAUCUAUAUCGUCGCUGGUAUUCUGCUACGGGCAGGUCUGCUUCUUUGGGGCCGGCACCAGGAUGCUACGCAUGCCGUGCCUUAUACGGACGUUGAUUAUCUCGUCUUCUCCGAUGCAGCCAAGCUCAUUGUCGACGCAUGUCCAUUGUCUCUCACGGUCGGACACCCAGACUACGAGUCCGACGCCGACCUCGCCAAGCGCACCGAUGUUCACUGUGCUCGAGGUAUCCUCCCUGCGGCUGCUCGCUUCCUUCUUCUGAACGACCCCAACAGCCACCAGCCUGCCGAUGGACUCAACCCUGAUGAUUCGGAUGCAAUGUACCUCUGGGCAAAGCGAUGCUACCAGUUGGCCAAAUACGGCUUCGAGCUGUUCGCUUCGUUGGGUGAUCCGUAUGCUAGGCCGACAUACAGGUAUACUCCUUUCCUAGCAGCGGUACUGUCCCCUAUUCAUUUGUUUGGAUGGACCAACUUCGGCAAGUAUAUCUUUGCCGCCUCUGAUCUGCUUUGCGCCGUCUUCAUGUGGCUCAUUCUGGAUGGACGCCGUCCACAAGGUUCGACUGCGGGGCUCUACGUCCAUCUCCCCGGCCUGUUGUGGGUCCUCAACCCGAUGAUCGCGCAAAUCUCCACUCGUGGCUCGUCAGAAGCGCUGGUCGGGCUAUUCGUGCUAAGCUUUUGCUAUUUCUUUCUCAAGUCCAACCCGGAGGCGCCUCUUGGACUUCAAGCAGUUUACCUCCCCGCGUUCUCGCACACAGCUAAUGGUGCAAAUGAGACAGCGGAAGCGGCUGCGGUGGCUGAGAAACAGGCUUCGAGUGCAGGCCCCACGUACCAAGCCAUUCCACCGGAGAGUGCCUUCAACGUACUCGACUGGUCAAUCGAGGCUUACUUGGCGCCCAUCCUGUUAGGCUUGGCAACCCAUCUCAAGCUCUUUCCCGUUAUCUACGCAGUACCAAUUCUCACUCACCUAUAUCGAUCUACCGUGUCAGGAUAUGCUCCGGAACGACGCACUUCGCUCAGCUUGUGGACGAAGCAUGCAGCAGGAGUGCAAUUUGGCUUGGUUGCAUUCUACGCUUUCAUGGCCGCCAACGUCGUCGGCUGGUUGAUAUGGGGCUCGCCGUUCAUCGAACACACGUUUCUCUAUCACCUCUAUCGUGCUGAUCACCGGCACAACUUCAGCCCGUACUUCCUCAGCACGUAUCUAUCGCUCUUCACCUCACCCACUGCAUCAGCAUCACUAGGCGCACGCAUGCUCGCCUCGCCGUUGCUCUCCUUUCUUCCACAGCUCGUCAUCGUCACCCUGCUUGGCUAUCACUUGGGCAAGCGAGACGUGGUCGCAGCCAUGACAGCACAGACCAUCGCCUUUGUUGCCUUGAACAAGGUGUGUACCAGCCAAUACUUUCUCUGGUUCCUCUGGCUGCUGCCGCUCGUAUGGCCGAGUCUCAAGGUCGGAAAAGCCGAGACGGCGUUGGCACUGGUAGCCUGGGUCGGAGGACAGGCGCUGUGGCUCUCGCAGGCGUACCAGCUCGAGUUCAAAGCAAAGCAGGUGUUUGCUAGAGUCUGGGCUUCCGGCCUUGUGCUGUUGGUGGUACACAUGAUCCUACUGGUAUGGUUCUUGUCAUCCUGGGCUAGAUACAGGGUCCAUGUUCAGAAGCACGCGCUUCAGCCAAGGAAAGGGGUGUUUGUAAAGACGCUAAAGUCGCAAUGA